AUGUUACUCACCUGGACACAGCUAUGCGCCCAUUUGCCUUCCAUCAACGCUGCCCCGACAUUGCACAUUGUGCGGCAGAACAAAUCUCGUGUACUGAACAGUUCAGACGGCCUAUCCAUAGAGGCACUGCUAACGCUUAUCGGCGUUUGCGUAGCCAUAGUGGGUGUCGGGUUGACGCCAGUUUUGAAGUGGAAUAGCCUGAAGAGGAUGUGCUUGGCCCGCCGCUACCAUCAUCGCACCCGCUCCCGUCGCAAUGAUCCAGACUCGGCAAUACACCUCGUUAGGCUCUCCAGACGUUCACCAGCUCCUCUUUCGUCCAUCGACGACGUGAGCGACGAUCAGAUCGCACGACCAUCACGCGUUCAAACUUGCCCUGCCGAACAACAGCGCGUAUUGUUGCGCACUCAUACACUCUGA